ACAUCAACACCGUCGUCAUGGGUAGGGUCAUUCGCAACCAACGUAAGGGUCGCGGCUCUAUCUUCACGGCCAACACCCGCCUGAACAAGAACCCCGCCCAGUUCCGCACGCUCGACUUCGCUGAGCGCAAUGGAUACAUCCGGGGUGUCGUAAAGGAGAUUGUCCACGACUCUGGUCGUGGCGCUCCUCUCGCCAGGGUCACCUUCCGCAACCCCUACAAGUUCAAGCACAACACCGAGACCUUCAUCGCCAACGAGGGCAUGUACACUGGCCAGUUCAUCUACGCCGGAAAGAACGCUGCGCUCACCAUCGGCAACGUCCUCCCCCUCGCUUCCGUCCCUGAAGGUACCGUUCUCACCAACGUCGAGGACAAGAACGGUGACCGUGGUGCGCUCGGCCGUACCUCCGGUAACUACGUUACCGUCAUCGGCCACAACCCCGAUGAGGGCAAGACCCGUGUCAAGCUCCCAUCUGGUGCCAAGAAGGUCCUCCCCAGCUCGUGCCGUGGUAUGGUCGGUAUCGUCGCUGGUGGUGGCCGCACAGACAAGCCUCUCAUGAAGGCGUCGCGUGCUAAGCACAAGUUCGCUGCCAAGCGCAACAGCUGGCCCAGGACUCGUGGUGUUGCCAUGAACCCCGUCGACCAUCCUCACGGUGGUGGUAACCACCAGCAUAUCGGUAAAGCCUCGACCAUCUCCCGGUACGCCACCCAGGGUCAAAAGGCCGGUCUCAUUGCCGCGCGGAGGACAGGUCUGCUCCGUGGUACCCAGAAGACAAAGGACUAGAGUGGUGCUUUGUGAUCUGGUGGCGUUGGUCUACGAUAGGAACGACAAAGAUGCGGUCGGUUAUUCUCUCCAUACCUCUACAUGCGGGUGGCCGGGCGUUAUAACGAAAUGGAAACUUCUCGGCAAGCUAGGCUUUCUUCUACUAUGGCUUGCAUGCAUGAUAGGUCCUUUAGGGAAUGUGAUUCCGAAAAAUGUAUCUGAUCUGAACUUCCGACGUUUGCC